CGUCCGCUGCGAGAUCGCGGUCACCUCGAGGCAGCGUAACGGGAGAGAUCGUGACGUUCGGGCAGCGGCAUGGCAUCUGAGGCCGUGGUGUUUGUGGCGCUGGGAGAUAGAUUCCGCCCUGCUCUAGAGCCGCCGGGAGGCCCAAGCACGGCUUGCUUCGUCGUCUUCUACGCUUCUCCUCCAAGCUGUCCACGUCCUCGACCUCACCAGUUCCUAGUCGCCAUCGCCAUCCCCGUCGCCGUGCCGUGGACUCUGCGCUGCACCCGGCCACCGACUAACAGACUGUGCUAUCAGGCGCCCUCCCACUCACUCUUGGCCGUGCGUCCAGCACCAGCAGCGGCGCUCCCGUCCGCCGCCGUCCAACGACCCCGUUCACGCGCCCGUCCGGUCGGUAUCUCUCCACAGCUGCAUCGCCUUCGCGGUGCCAGUGCUGUGUGGCAUCCCAUUGGCGCUCCGCGGGCAACGGCACCCUCCUCAGCGGCCGUCGCGGCGUCGGUUUAGGCACAUCGGGCCAGGACACUGCCUGCGCACAAGGCAAAGAAGGCAUCCUCUGCAGAGACAGACCCGCUCAGCCUGUGAGAAGCGUCUGCCGCGCCUGACUGGUUGGAGGCCGAUUCCCAUCCUCGCAGACCGUCCCCUGUCCCACCUGCCUCCCCCGUUCGCCUGCAUAAACGCGACUUCCACUGAGCAGCCCAGAGUCCUUACCUCUUUCGUGCUAUAAUGGGUGAGUCUCCACCCAGGCAUUGCCAGGAACCCUCACGCUCCUCUGCUCUUCCCACUGCAUCCUCCGCGGCCUCGUUCCCUCUCCUGACGC